GAGAGCAAGAGUGGACUGGAUGUUGAUGAGCCUCAAAUUCGUUUGGGUCGUCUCUACCUGUAUAGUUUCAAUGAGGACAGCUCUCCUUGCCCCCUGGUUGAGGUGCAAAGAAGAGAUACUUCGGCGAUCCUGGACAUGAAAUGGUGCCACAUCGCGGUGGCCGGCCAUGCGCUCUUGGGAGUGGCAGAUGCUUCUGGGUCCAUAGAGCUACUCCGCCUGGUGCGAUCCGAGCAGAACUCUCACACACUACAGCCGUUCUCCCACUUUGCCCUGGAAAAGCAGUGUCUGGCCUUGUCCUUGGACUGGUCCACUGGGAAAGCCGGAAGGGCCAGUGACCAGCCCUUGAAGAUCGUUGGCAGCGACUCCAGUGGGCAGCUCCAUCUCCUGCAGGCGCACCAGGCAGGGCCAGGAAUGCAGGCUGUGGGCACGUGGCAGGCCCAUCACUUGGAGGCCUGGGUUGCUGCUUUCGAUUACUGGCAGACGGAAGUCGUGUAUUCAGGUGGGGACGAUGGCCUUCUGAAAGGCUGGGACACCAGGACCCCUGGCACAUCCGUGUUCACAAGCAGGAGACACUCCACGGGCGUGUGCAGCAUCCAGAGCAGCCCCCAUCGCGAGAACAUCUUGGCCACGGGAAGCUACGACGAGCACGUUCUUCUCUGGGACACUCGGAGCAUGAAGGAGCCGUUGGCGGACAUGCCCGUGCAGGGCGGGGUGUGGAGGCUCAAGUGGCACCCUUUCCACUCGCACCUGCUCCUGGCAGCGUGUAUGCACGGUGGCUUCACGAUCUUCAGCUGCCAAAAGGCCAUAGAGGAGCAUCAGGAAGUGCUCCCAGUCACUCUGUCCCACACCUUGCCCAACUCGCUGGUGUAUGGAGUCGACUGGUCCUGGCUCUACUUCCGCCGCUUGCCGCAGACCCAUCCGUCAUUCUGCUUGGGGUCCUCUCCUGGCAGCGACCCAGGAGCCAAAACAGCAGACCCAGUCUAUACCCUCAAAGUUGCGGCCCAGUCGCCAGCACCCUGUUUUGAGCGUCUAGCUGAUGCUGAUGGAGAGGGUGGUACCAAACACCAGAGUGGAGGCAAGCUGAAGAGUCCUCUCCAGCCCUUUGCAGAGGAGAAGAGCGGCGGCCGGCUGCAUGCCUCGGGGGUCGAGAUCUGUGACUGUGACCAGUACCUGGAGGCAGCCACCUCUGACGCCAGCCUUCUAGCCACUUGCUCCUUUUAUGAUCAUGUUCUUCACCUCUGGAAGUGGGAGAACAGCUGAGCUAGGGAAGUUACUUGGUUUGACCUCGUAAAGACCAUUUCCACCAAUAAAACCAAGAGUAUGUCUACCUUUUCUGAGAAUGAAGUAUCCUCAGACCAUCUCACUGACAUUCUGGCUGCAUGCAGGUUUUCUGUAUAGGGCUCAGUGCAUCUCAUGGAAUCUCCAGGUAGGCAGUCAGAAAAGCUGUUGGCCUCCUAAAUAAGCCUUAUCUGCUGGGGCCCUUCAAAAUGGUGAUUCUGUGGCAGCAGGGGGCAGGGUGUGGGUGGGGCGUGGUUCCCAGCUCUGUCUUGUCAGUUUCCUGUUUCUGACUUUCAGUUCUUCAUACUUACUUAAGCAACUGUUUGUAUUAACUAAAAGGAGUGGCUUUGUUUUCUUAAGCUACUUUGAAACACCAGAAGUAGUUUUAUAUGAACAUUAAAAAAGCUCAUGUCAUGGCCCCAGAAGUGCUUGUAUAGCCUCCUGUGCAGAGAAGCAAAAGGAAGUGUAUACACGUUCUGGGUUGCUUUAGCAUGUCAUAAACUUGAAAUACGUUGUCAUAUGCUGAAUUAGUCAUACUUCCUCACUGCGGCUUCAGUAAACCGAGUAGCUUCCAAACCUGGACACGGUUUAACUCCAGAAACAUAACUGGGUUUGUGACUGAUCUGACUCCCAUAGAUCAGUUCCUCCUUGUCUCUCUGGAAGGAACAGAUGUUGAAGUAUAGGCCACUGUGGAAUUUGUCAGCUCCUCAGCAUCCACUAAUAAAUACAACA